GAAUAAUUUAACAGUCAUCAAAAGAAGUGAUUUUCAAGGUUUCACCAGUCUGCACACAUUGCAUCUUCAGCACAAUCAGAUCCACACGAUUGAGAAAGGCGCCUUCGAUGAUCUUACUGAGUUGGUUCGGAUACGUGUGGACAGAAAUGAAUUGACCUCCAUCCCAGAUAUGCUCUUCGCAAAGAUGGACAAACUUGAGAGGCUGGACCUCAGCUACAAUAAGUUGCAAUACAUCGGCCGCAAGACACUGAAAAGUUCAGAACAACUAAAGAAUGUUCAGCUGGACCACAAUCACAUCACCUGUAUAUCAGAAGAAGCCAUCAGGUGGUUGAAGAGGAUGGAGAUUCUGACGCUGAGCGACAACAACUUGACAACUCUUCCUCAGGAGCUCUUUGAUGGCAUGCCGCUACUCCGAGUCCUCCGUGUUAGUGACAACAACCUGGUGUGUGACUGUCACCUGUCAUGGCUAGCUCGAUGGCUGAGAAAGAAUCCAGGACUCGCUCUCUUCACGGAAUGUGCCCAACCUCCUCACCUCAAGAACGCAGAGAUCGCGGAGCUGCAGGACAGCGACUUCAAAUGUAUUCCUGGCUACGAUGUCGAGCGCAACCGGGAGUGCGUCUUGGAGAACAUGUGUCCGCGAAUGUGUCGCUGCAUCGAAGGGGUGGUGGACUGUCGCGACAAAGGCCUCACCCAGAUACCCGACAACAUCCCGGAGUCUGCCACAGAGAUACGACUGGAAGAGAACCACAUUACACAGAUCCCGUCAAGAACAUUCGCAGAUAUGAAAAAACUACGGAGAAUAGACCUGAGUAAUAACCAAAUAUCCUAUGUGGCUCCAGAUGCUUUUUCAGGACUUCAUCAAUUAAGUUCAUUAGUUCUGUACGGCAACAAGAUUGGCGAACUGCCUCCUGGAGUUUUUUAUGGGUUGACAUCUUUACAGCUACUACUGCUGAAUGCCAACCGCAUUACCUGCCUCCGUCUGGAUGUAUUUAAAGACCUCCAGACAUUGCAUCUCUUGUCUUUGUACGACAACAAGAUACAGUCCCUGGCUAAUGGAACUUUCGCUCCUUUGCGAAGCAUUCAGACUUUACAUCUGGCUCGGAACCCUUUCAUCUGUGACUGCAACCUUCAAUGGUUGGCUGACUACCUGAAAGUUAACCCCAUCGAGACCAGCGGCGCCAGGUGCGAAACUCCUCGCCGCAUGAGGCGCAAGAAGAUCACAAGAGUGAAGCCUCAAAAGUUCAAAUGCAAAGGUGCUGAGGUUCAUCGCACCAUCAAUGCCGGCACGUGCAUGAUCGACCGCGAGUGUCCGCGGGACUGCGUGUGCAUCGGAACGUCCGUGGACUGCUCGGGGCGAGGUUUGGAUGCCAUCCCCAAGGAGGUGCCCAUGUACACGACGGAGCUGAAACUGAGUUCGAAUCAGAUCACAAGACUCCCCGCCGACGGGCUGUUCGAACGCCUUCCAAACCUUCAGAUUCUGGACCUCAGUGACAACAAACUUCACGAAAUCGAAGAUGGAGCAUUUGAUGGCGCCGAAAAACUGACUGACCUACAACUGUCCAACAACGAGCUGUCGCAGCUGUCCAGCAGAGUGUUUCAAGGCUUGGCCAACGUCAAGAGUUUAAUGCUUCGAGGAAAUAAAAUUACCUGUAUCAACAAUGCGACUUUUUCAGAAACAUCCAAAUUGCGACUUCUGUCUCUGUAUGAUAAUCAGAUCCGCUGUAUCAUGCAAGGAUCCUUCGACAGACUUCAUUACCUUUCAACUUUGAACUUAAUGGUGAACCCAUUCAACUGUAACUGCCAUCUGAGCUGGCUGGCGGAAUGGCUGAGCCAACGUAACAUUAUCACAGGAACGCCCACCUGCACGGCACCCGGCAACCUGAAGAACAAGCCCAUCCAGGAACUGAAUGCGAACGAUUUUGUGUGUGAAGACAAUAAUGACUUGGGUUGUCACAUGGGAACACCCCAUUGCUGUCCAGACAGUAAUAUGGUCACUAUUGAGAACAGUUGUGAUCCACGAGCCUAUUGCCCACCAAAGUGCACAUGUACUGGAACAAUUGUGAGGUGCAGUCAUCAACAUCUGCAAGAGAUUCCAAAGUACAUUCCCUUGGACACCAUAGAGCUAUAUCUGGAUGACAAUGAGAUUCAAAGAAUUCCUCAAGAAAUUGGCCUGCUUACAAACUUAAAACGCCUAGAUUUGAGUAACAAUCAGCUGAUGACACUCCCAGAAGUUAUCUUUGCCAACCUAACGACUCUCUCAACACUAAUACUCAGUUACAAUAAGUUGCAGUGCAUUGCAGAUACCAGCUUUGUUGGACUCAAGGAACUACGUGUUCUAUCACUUCAUGGAAACAAUCUGUCAACCAUUCCAUAUGGUGCUUUCAAUGAUCUGGAGGCAUUGUCACACAUUGCACUUGGAGGUAAUCCAUUGAUGUGCGACUGCAAUCUGAAGUGGCUUUCAGACUGGAUCAAGCGAGACUAUAUUGAACCUGCCAUUGCCACAUGCUCUGGUCCACGACAGAUGAAAUCUAAGCUUUUGUUGACAACACCAUCAAGCUAUUUUGAAUGUCUUUCGGACCCUGACCCAAUUGUUGCGGAGAAAUGCAAUGUCUGUUUGCGCAAACCCUGCCUAAAUGGUGGUGUCUGUAAGCUUGUAGAGUUCACAAACUUCACCUGUGAGUGUGCUCCUGGUUACCAUGGUGACAGGUGUGACCAGCAAAUUGAUGCCUGUUUUGGAAACCCAUGUAACAAUGGUGGCAAGUGUGAAGUUUUGGAGUUCGGUCGUUUCAGGUGUCACUGCCUAGAUGGUUUUGAGGGUGACCGAUGUGAAACAAACAUUGAUGACUGCCAUGACAAUGUCUGCAAGAACAACGCCACUUGCGUUGAUGAGAUUCAGUCAUACUCUUGUCGUUGUGCACCUGGCUUUAUAGGAAAAUUAUGUGAAAACAAGAUACCAUAUUGCAAGGCAGGCUACAAUUACUGUGUCAACGGCGCCACCUGUGUUGCCAUGGAUGGAGGUUAUCGAUGUGAAUGUCCACCAGGAUUUCAAGGAAAGAACUGUUCUGAAAAUAUAGAUGACUGUAAGUCACACGUCUGCCUGAAUGGAGCAUCCUGCCAAGACGGCGUGGGCUCUUAUACCUGCAUGUGUGCGCGUGGCUUCUCUGGGCAGUACUGCGAGAUUGCACCUGUCCUAGCCUUGCUUAACUAUGACACAGCCUCCAACACUGGAGCCUGCAAAUACCACCAGUGUCAGAAUAAUGCAGUGUGCUACCAGCCGAAAGGCUCCGCUGACUAUAUGUGUAAAUGUGCACCAGGUUUCCAUGGCAAAAAGUGUGAACGUAUGUCCAGCGUGUCUCUUAAGGAUGAGGACUCGUAUCUGCAGCUUUCAAGAGUGGAUUUCCGGCAAGCUACAAACGUCACUCUUGCCUUCACUACAGAUUCAGAAAAUGGUAUCAUUCUCUAUUCUGGUGACAGUCAGCAUGUAGCUGUGGAGCUUUUCCGAGGAAGAGUGCGAGUCAGUUUUGACGUCGGCAACUACCCAGUGUCCACUAUGUUUAGCUAUGAGCGUGUUGACAAUGGGCAACCUCAUGUACUUGAAAUGCUAAUACAUAGGAAGAACUUUACUAUGAUGAUAAACCAGAAUGGUCAGCCACGUACUGUUAUCAAUGAGGGACCAAAGGAGUACCUGGAUGUUACAGAUGACUUGUAUUUAGGCGGGCUACCCGCUGAUGUAAACACACGUGCCUUUAAAAAAUGGCAUAUUCGUGAUGGAACAAGUUUUAGAGGGUGCUUCUCAAAGGUGUUUAUCAAUGGCAGGCAAGUGGAUCUGGUGGCAGCAAUCACACGGCAUAAAGUCACACCUGGAUGUCAGCUGGACCCCUGCCAAAACCACAUGUGUCAGCGCGCUCCAACCUGUCGAGAGGUUGCCUUCCGGGAUAUCUAUGUGGAUACCAAAACCAAGUGCUACUCCAAAGUACGCAUCAAGUACAGGCGCUGUGAAGGAAGCUGCGGAGACCACUGCUGUGUUCCUAAGCGCAUCAAGACACGUAAGGUCCGACUGUUCUGUGACAAUGGCACAAGUUACAUUUACGACCUUCCUGUUAUUCGUCGAUGCGGCUGCAGAAAGUGCUGAAAUAGCAUGUUCUACCGGAAGAAGCUGCUUCAUGACCAAGUCAGUAUAGAGCAAGUGUCUUGAAGGUAUUAGAAAAAAAUCCUUAUCCCCAUCCAAUGGCAUUUAUGUCCAAAGAGGUUUUUGGCUGCAGCCUUGUGAUGAGGUUUCACAAGGUGGCACCAACAAAAUAGGAUGUGAAUCCAUCUUGAGGAAAGUCAUAAGACAAAAGAGGCUGUUGCAGUUUCACACCAUAAAUUUGGCUUUCCUGUAUGGUAAAACUACCCUCGUAGCACAAAAUAACAUCAGGCCAAAACAAGGACACAUGUUCACUGCAAUAUGUGGAUAAGCAGAUCAUCAACACAUUUGCCAUUUGAAGAUAUAAGGAACACACUUCUGUUCAUCAGUAGCUUUGUGAUUAACAUGAGUAAUCGCAAACUGUGCUGAGUGAAUAAAGCUGUUCACAUGGAUCAUAUGCUGUGCUACGGUCAGAAACCAGAGAUUUGUCAACUCUGCCAGUGAGCACUUCAAUGAUUUAUGGUCAGGUGGCAUGCAGUAAGUUGACUGAGGAAGCAUUACUGAGUUUAAAAGGUAAAAAGUGAUCCUUACGAAGACCAUAUGCAGAAACAAUCUUGACCAGAAUGUGCAGACAUUUCAGAUGACAAGAGCUGCUUCAACAUUUGUUGUACAGAGACAGGUUCAGUUUAGAAGACUAUUCCAUUCAGUUAGUCAAUGAUUUAAAGACAACUUUAAAGCAUAUGUUGCAAAACGAGUAAUGACUAAUCUCUUCCCAUGACAUGCACACACAGGGAAGCUUUGAAGGGAUUGAUUGUGACUAUUGUUACCAAUACUUCAAACAUCUCAUGUCCAUGGAGUUUUGGGGACAGACAUUAUGCAUUGCUGCAUCUCAGAUACUUGACUCCAUGGCUUCUAAAUGACAUUCACAAAAACUGGGUCUGCAGUUUGGUUCCAAUUCGGUGACUGCAGGAUAAACAGUGUUUUUUAUUUAUUAAGUCAGUGUUAGAGAAUGUUGCAGAUUUCUUUUUAAAAAUUGAUUCUGUGUGAUAAAAACCAAAAACAAAUUGAAGGAAUCAGUGGAUUCUGCCAUCAGAACCACUCAUCCUGAGGAAAAGCUGUUUCGAUGCUGGCAAUUUUUACAGUCUACUACUGUACCAUCAGUCCAUGCUUUUGAAAGUCUAGAAGCAGACUUCAAGCUAAUCAUGUUUGAGAGACGAAUUUUUUAAAAAGUCAAGAAAAGCAUAAUGCAAAGGACAAACAUGGCCAAAGGUAUGAUAUUGAAUAAGUUUGGUGCAAAUGAGAUGUAUGGAUUUAUUGUCCAGCAAGUGCCGAAGCAUUUGCACCAUUCAGAUUUUGUUGUGUGGGUGAGCCAUUAAUGUGUUCUGUCAGCUGAAGAUGACCAAUGGAGUGAAAUAGAUGGUGCAUGAAGACAUGUCUUCUCCUUACGUCUUGUGAACGUUGGUUUUCAUUUCCACAAAUGUGGAUGAUUGAAAUGUAAACUGUAGUCAUUUUGUUUGUGCUGCUGGACAAUAACAAAACGUAUUCUGCACAUUAUCAUGCCAAAGAUGUUGCAUUUUAAGCUUUGAUCAUGUACUUGCAUGAUUGUCUCUUGUUUGGAAUCACAUUUUUUAACUGUUAACAUAUGCUGUUUUCUUUAUCUUCAUUAGUCCGGUAAAUAGCCGGAUGUUAUGAAGACAGGCUCAUAGAUCUACAGAAAAACUUGCUUAGACUGAAUUGACUCUGGUCAACAACCUCAACACUGGAGCUAGAUCACAGACAUGUCUGCUUUUGUUUGCAUAUGUUCAAUGGCUGGUCUGCCUGUUGUCAAUUGAAUUCCAGAUACAACAGAAUUGUAAACAAGAUGGGUGUAUUUUAUCAUUAGAGUUCAAUUAGCAUCAUGCAGGCUCGUUGUUAAUAAUGUGUACACCACAAGCAGACAUGCCUGCUACCUCACUUCUGAGUAGGGCUCAAGAGAGAGUAAAGGGAAAUGCCUCUUAUGUACAUCUGUGAAUCCACAAUGUUUAGGUUGUUGUGUAAAUAUUUUAUGUUUCACUAUGCUGCUUUCAUACGUUUAUUUGUCUUUUUGUUGAUUUGUGUAGGCUUAGGAAAAAACUCAACACCCUUUCCCUGAAACUGAUACAAGAGCUUCAUACAUGUGUAACAUUUCAUGUUUAAUGUUUCUGGACAGGUUUCUAAGAUUUUUUUUUCUCCAACAGGAACCCUCCUUAAAUAACUUAAUAAGAUAUAAUCCUCCAUCGGUAGAAAAUUAUCCUGCUAAUCAGGUGCAUGUGGUACAUAUAACAUUUUGUUAGCAGCAUGUGCUACAGGGUAAACUGUUUACUGUCUAAAAUGUGGAUGGAGGGCUUUCUCAAAAUCGUAUUUAAACCAUACCAAAGUUAUGAGAUUUUGAUAUUUUUUCUCUUCACUUUCAUUUCAAUAAGUAGUCCAUUGCUAUAAUUGAUUGGCCUUGAAAUCAACCUACUUGUAUUUUCUGCCCCAGAUUCUUCUUAUUAUUAUUACUCCUUUUCACCCCCAGUGGAGCGUAGGGCCGCAACUACACCAUGCCAUCAGAUCCCAGAUAUUCAUUUCUGUUAUCUGCUCUCCUGCACUGAAUCUCUCUCCCCAUCUCCUUUUUUUUUUUGUUAUUGUUGUUUAUGUUUAUGUUUUGAGGACAAAUGGACAUUGGGUUUUCAUGGUUGUGCUUGGGCUUGGUUACCAAAGGUAUUUAAGAAAUGCUGCUAUUGUCACAUUGACUAUGAGGGUACAGAUUUUUAGUGCUUUUUCCUUGAGUGAGAUUAUGAAAUUAUUCUCUGGAAAUGACAUUACAGCUUUUCAAAUUCAUCUAAACGAUUAAAAAAAUAAAUGUGCAUUUAAGUGUUAGUUUUACACAACUGUCAUGCACACAUGGCCUCACUCUUAUACACACUCUCUGGAGCAUAAGCACAGUCCUUUGGUAAUUAAUCUUCUAAACACUUCACAAAAAUAUCUACACCUGACAAUCAUUUGCAGGUUUAGUGUUGACUGCUAAUUUUUUUUUUAAUUUGGUAUGUACACAACUGUUGUAAAGGGAGCUUGAAUGCAGUUGCUGUUACUCUUGUUGUCAGCAACUGUAACUGAUGGUUGAAGAUGUUCAUGACAUUUCUAUGUGAUCUUAUACUGUACAGGAAUACCUUAUGGAAAAAAAUGUAAACUGACCCACCCAUUUUCUAUACCAAAAACAAAUCUUUGUGUUUGAUAAAUUUCCAACACAAGUCUUGUACAUAAUGUUCCGGCCUAAGUUCUCUCUAUUUAAUAUUUGUGUACCUGUGUCUUGUAAUCCAAAUUUGUUUUAAUUGCAAUUUUCAUUUAAUGCAAGAGGCUGUAUUUAAAAAUGAAUUCAGAGUUCAUUGAUUUCUUUUUAAUUUAUUAUAAAAGAAAACCUCUGGCAUCAAAUUUACCCAUUACCCUACAGUGGUAUAUUAGUUCAAGCACUAGUAACAGAAGAAUUUACUUUCACAACAGGAAAAUGUAGUGACAUGAAAAAUUUGAAAUGUGUUGCACCAUUCAUUUCUAUCUUGUGACAUGGUGACUACAUACAAGCAAGGACACACAUGCACAUGUCAAAACAUGCAUCCACAAAUAAACAUGCAAUUGCAAUGUUCAUUCAAAUUUAUGGCUGCCUCAUAGCAAUCCAACAUUCUGGGAUCAGGACGUCAUCGGUGAUUUAUUGGCAAUUUAAGAAUCUCUUCAACUUCACCUGCUGUCAGUCCCCCAUAAAUAUACUUAAAGGUGUAUACUUUAUCUGAAAACAUACACUAUUUGUAUAUUUGUGUACAGUGCUUAUAUUUAUCUUUGAAGAGUUAUCCACACUGCUGACAUGCGGAUUACUUCAGCUGUAGUUUUGCUCAGUUUUUAGCGAAAUGGGAAACUUAAAUUCACUGUGACCUUACAGUUAACAUUUUGUGUUCAACCAGUUUUGUCCCAGAAUUUUCUUUUACUUUUUAUAGAAGGGGAAGCUAUUCAAUUACAUCUGCAUGACUUCUUGAUCAGUUAAUGUAUUAAUAAAAAGGAUGUUUUUAAAAUUUAUUUUUCAAUUUGUAAUGCUAGGAGAUUUUGUUACUGUUUCAAUCCUUGUACCAACAUGGAAAAGCUAGAAUUCAGUCUGCUAAACAAACAUAUGCUGUUGUUAAUUUUUUUAUUUUAAAAUAUUUCAUUGCCCAUGGCUUUUUUUCAAAAUUACAAUUAGCUGGAGUUAAAUUAAAAAUUACACAUUUAAUAUGAAAAGGAGAUUUUAAUUCUAGUGAUUGUUGCAUAUAAAAAUUAAUUUUAAGCAACAAUGAUAAUUUACUAUUGGUGUUUGCAAAAAUCCAAAUGUAUAUUUUGUUGUUACUGUAAUACUUGUAAAAAAUUGCAACAAUGUGCUUGAUGAGGUUUCUUUUUCUUUUCCUGGUAAUUAGAAGACAAAUAUAUCUUGAAUUAAUUUAGAAAUAUCUUUACUUUUGAACCAAUUGUAUUAAGAAGUUAUUAGUUUUCCACCAGUAUUUGUACCAUUUGUUUAGAGCAUAGUUAUAAAUUCCAGUUCAUUUAUUAUUUACAUGGUCUGCAGCCUAACAGUAAGCAGUCAACAGUAUUAGGAAUUGCUACCACAUAUUUUCUAGGAUUAAACAGCUUUAUUAUAUUUGCAAUUAUUUUCAUGUUCAUGAAUUUAUUCUCCAGUUCCUUGUUUCUCCCUGACCAUUUGAUUCUUUUAGUAUAAAGACUUAACUCCUUCAGUUAAUUAUCAUCAGCAACAGCUGAAAACUUCUGUGGAAACCAACUUCAUGAUUUGUAUUUUAUUGUGUAUUCCCAUUGCAGAAGUGUUGUUACAGUAGUUUGUGUAGUAGGUCAUUUCAUUUUUAAGGUCUACCUCAAAGGACUUUGACAAUGCAUUAUAGACAGUGUUUGACUUUUUUGGUGAUAGUAUGACAGUCAGUUUAAGUUUAAAAAAAAAGUACUCAGUCACGAAAAUUUGAUGUUAGGCAACAUUGUAAUUUUGCCACUAACAUUGUGGAAAAUGUCAUCUAUUAUUGAAAAAUAAAUAUUCUUCUUUUUCCAAA